AUUGGAUCACAUUAAUAAUUAUGACAUCAUUAGCUAAAGCUGCAGGGAAUAUUUUGUUAAGUCAAUUUAGGUAUGGAAUAAGUGAAUCAUAUUUACGAGAAAGCUGGCUUAAUUCAAGGUGUUUCUUACAUUAGAUUAUGGAUGACGAACUAGAAGACAAGAUUUUAUAUCAGACGUAUGUAUCAUAUAUGAAGCUUAUGUCCAAGUUUGCAGUGGGUAUUCCCACAGGAUUAAAUGCUGGGAUAAAUACUCCAUUGGGUUACUUUUGGAGAAUCAUGAGAGUUUAUGCAUUGAAGCCAGAAGUGUUAAUUUGUGGUGCAGUUUUGGCAAUAAUUCUAUUUUAUAUACAAGCUGUUGAUAUAUGGAGCAGAUCACUGUUAGGAAGAAUCCAAUAUACACUUGGCCGUACCACAUCAAAAGUAUCAAAACUACAAUUCUUGGUUAAUGAUUCUGUAAAUAAUGGCAUAAAACUCAGCUGGGAAUUAAAACAGGGAUAUAUUGCUGCAUAUGCUGUUCAAGGACUUAGACCUCGUAUGGAGGAUCGUUUUGUUGUAAAUGAAGAUAUGAAUAAUACUGGAGUAUCUUUAUUCGCAAUAUUUGAUGGGCAUGGUGGAGAAUUUGCAGCAAAUUAUGCACGUGAUAAACUUAUUCCAAAUAUAAAUAAAAAAGUGGUUGAAUUAAAGGAUAUGUUAGCUGGUAAAGCACCACAUGUAUCAGAAGACAUAAAGAAAGAUGAAGAAUCAGAGAAGAAAGAGGAGAAAAGUGAUGUAGGACUUCUUGAACGCAAAAAAUCUUUCCGUAAAACUGUAAGCACAUCACUGACAGAUGAUUGUGUAAAGAAAAAUGUUGGUGUAACUGAUCCAGAACUACUUGACAAAUUAGAUAGCUUGCCAAGACCAAUAACAAGAGAGGUAAGACCAUGUAGAACAACAGAAAAACCAUUAAAAGUAGAUAUUACAAAUUAUCUUGAUGGAAAUAAAAUAAAUUAUGGUAGACUACUAACUGAUGAAGUACUGGCAGUGGACAGAUUGUUAGUAGAAGCUGCUAAGAAGAAUAUGGAUAUAGCUGGUACAACUGCAUUAAUUGCUCUUUUGGAAGACAAUAAAUUAAUUGUAGCAAAUGUUGGAGAUUCAAGAGGUGUAAUGUGUGAUGGAAAAGGGAAUGCUAUACCUUUAUCUUUUGAUCAUAAACCACAACAAGAAAGAGAAAGAAGAAGAAUAAAUAAAGCUGGUGGUUUAGUAACAUUCAAUGGUGUGUGGAGAGUUGCUGGUAUAUUAGCAACUUCUCGAGCUUUGGGAGAUUACCCAUUAAAAGAUAAAAAAUUAGUGAUUGCUGAUCCUGAUAUUUUAACUUUUGAUCUUAGUGAUCAUAAUCCAAUGUUUAUUGUCUUGGCAUCAGAUGGUUUAUGGGAUACUUUUACAAACGAAGAAGCUGUUGCAUUCAUUAAGGAACGUAUAAAUGAACCACAUUUUGGUGCAAAAAGUAUUACUUUACAAAGUUAUUAUAGGGGUUCUGCUGACAAUAUCACUGUAGUUGUAAUUAAUUUAAAGGAUCGUAAAUACAUCAUAUCAGAGGCCAAAAAGAAUCAAUAAUGUUUUAAUUG